GGGACAUUGAACCCCAAGAAUCCCAUCCGUAGCAAGAAAAGACAAGACUACCGUUUUGAACACUGAAAACAGCUUCGACCCAUAUUGAUCCUUAAACUUGACGCCAAAGCACACCACAGACCUACACUAUCACAACAUCUUCGAUGGACGUACCUCUUCUCCCUUCUAUUCCAUAAUUGUGGCAUUAGCCUUUUCGCUUCCUCUACCAUCGAGACCUCACGCGCCUAUCUAGGUAGCUACUUAUCUAGUAGGCUAUCUCGACUGCCUCAACUUGUCCCUUUUUUCCUUCAAUCAUAUCAACAAUUACUCUUUCUAUAUACCGUGAAGAAGCAUAAAGUGUCUAGGCCCUAAGUGGAAACUAGACCUACGACGUCAUGCCCUCUUCUAACCCUAUCAACAUUCGAACUGACUUGGUUUUUCGACCGGCGCCGGGGGAAAACGGCAAUGCUUCCCCGAAGUCAUCGGCGACGCAGAAUACAAGGCACAAGCAUACGCGAUCAUCAUACUCGGAAAGCUCACCUAUUACAGCCAUGUCGAGAAAUAAUUCGUUGACUUACCGACCCUUGAAGCGGUCGACGCCCUCGCCAGAUAAGACCAUUGCUGUCAUAAAUGCAAGUGGCCGCCAGGCCGCUUCAUUAAUUCGUAUAGCUACCGCAGUAGGUUACAAAGUCCGCGCGCAACUGCGCAACCUGGAGGGAGUCAUAGCGACUGAAGUCGCGAUGAAUCCGAAUGUCACAGUCUUCGUCGGCGAGCUUUAUCUUCGAAAUAAACCAGACGACAAGAGGGACGUCACCGUCCAUGGGCAUCUUCCGGGAAUUUUGGUUAAUCACGCUCUGAUAUCGCAACUCUUCAACGGCGCACAGCUAGCCUUUAUCAACACCACUUUCUACGGCAAUGAAAUACAGAUUGGAGAAGCGAUUGCGGACGCUGCCAAGAAGGCCGGCGUCCAGCAUUACGUAUAUUCGUCUAUGCCCGACCACGCCGCUUAUAAAUCGGACUGGCCCUCUCUACCGCUAUGGGCGGCUAAACAUGAGGUAGAAAAGUAUGUGCGUAAAAUAGGGCUACCAGCUACUUUUAUCUACACCGGGAUCUACAACAACAACUUUACGUCGCUACCAUACCCGCUCUUCUGCAUGGAACUGCAGAAAGAUGGUUCCUUCAUAUGGCAAGCUCCGUUUCACCCUAACGCCAAGCUUCCCUGGCUGGACGCCGAGCAUGACGUUGGACCAGCGAUCAUCCAGGUAUUUAAGGAUGGCCCGGAGAAAUGGACUGGAAAGCGUAUAGCGCUAGCUUACGAAUAUUUAACGCCAUUGGAAGCUUGCAAAGCAUUCGAGGAGGGAGUUGGAAGACGUGUGCGCUACAAGCGUGGUCCCAUUGACCUGAAAGUUAAGAUUCCAGAAGGCUAUCGAGAACAGCUAGAAGCACUAGAAAAGCUCUUCUCUCCGAAUAAUAACGAUCCCGCUGAGCAACCGCCAUAUUUUGGAGAUGCGGAACUAGAGAAGAAGUGCCCGGACGAUGCUCUGAAGUUAUGGGAGGGGCCCAGGGGACUAGAAGAAUACGCUCGCGAGAUUUUUCCGUUGGAAGAAGAGGCGAACGGUAUGACAUGGAUGCGUGAGGGUCCAGGUGCUACGUUCGAGGGACCUGGCGAAGUUAAUGAAGAUGUGGAGGACGAUGAGGCAGAUGAGGGUGGAGAUGAUGAAUCAAUAGAUGAGGGGUUAAUAAUGAGAGGACUCAAGCGAGACGAGGAAUCAUGGCUGGCGUAGCUACUAUUUUACUGCACGCACCACGGCCCUUUUGGCAUCCAGAAACUUGACGAUAGCGUGGUACGACCUUGCAAAAUUUACUUAACGACCUGAGAACGGAUAUUAGAAUUUGACAUUGCUAUCGAACUUCACAACACUCCGAGGCAUUUGCAUAAGGCUGGUCGCGAUGGCGUGUUUCUAGUUUGGCGUAGGUGAACUAGACAGCGCUGUUUUGAACGACAAAAAAGCAUUUUAGGUUGAAACGAUUACGGGGUAUGCAUUUGAAAAAAAAAAGGGGGUAGCGGCAUCUGAUGGUUACUACUGCUUUACUUUUCGGGGAGUAAAAUCAGCAACUCAAGAGCC